AUGGCUGUAAGUACAGCUGAAUGGGAGAAACAUACAUGUGAUGCAUGUAAAGAUGUUGAUGCUAUCAAAAAUUAUGAGAAAUUUGAAUUAAUUGGAACUGGUGGUUUUGCAAAAGUCUAUCGAGGUAUUCGACUAUGUGAUCAUUUUGAUGUUGCUAUUAAAGUUAUGAAUAUACAAGAAUUACAAUUAAAAAAUGCUCUAUCACGUGUUAGUGAAGAAGUUCGAAUACACUGGCAGUUACGUAAUCCAGCUAUCGUCGAAUUACUUGAAGUAUUUGAAGAUAAAAUAAAUAUUUAUCUUGUACUUGAAUUAUGUGCAACAGAUAUGCAAAAAUAUUUAAAUACUCGUAAACAAUUCACUGAAGAUGAAACACGACAUUAUAUAAAACAAAUAGUAGCUGGUAUUGAAUAUUUACAUUCACAUCAGAUUCUUCAUCGUGAUUUAAAAUUACAUAAUCUUUUAUUAACAAAAGAUAAUAAUGUCAAAAUAGCCGAUUUUGGUUUAGCAAAACAAUUAAUUACACAUGGACAAACGAAUUCUACUAUGGUCGGUACACCAAAUUUUCUCGCACCUGAAAUAGCAACACGUCAAACACAUAGUUUCGAAGCUGAUAUAUGGUCACUCGGUGCACUUAUAUAUCAAUGUUUAGUUGGAAAACCACCAUUUGAUGAUCAAGAUGUUCUUUCAACAUUAAGACGAGUUGCAAAUGUUCGAUAUGUUUUACCUGAAGGUUUAAGUAUGGAAACAAAAGAUUUAAUAAAUCGAAUCUUACAAAAAGAUGUAAAAAAACGUUUGACAUUAAUACAAAUUCGUCAUCAUCCAUUUCUAUUAAAACGUCAAAUGAAUGAUCGAAUAAAUUCAUCAAGAAAUAGUUCUACUUCAUUAAGAAGUGGUGAUAGCGGAUAUUUUGAUACUUCACCAUUAUCAUCAAGUCGACAACAAACGAAUGAAUCAACAAUGUCAAGAGGACCAACAACAUUGAAUUCUUUGCCACCAUUAAUGAUAAAUAAAAGUCAGAUUAGAAAUGCUUCAUCAACAUCGGUAUUGAGUUGUAAUAAUUUAAGUCAUACAAAUAGUAUUAGUCAACAUAAAUUUAUUAAUGAAAAGUUAAUUCCAUUAAAUACACAACGUCUCGAUCGUCGACAUGUUAUAACAAAAAGUGAUAUUAUGGAUAUAUUAGAUGAUGGUGAAGUUGUUAUUCAACAUCUUGUUGAAGUUAAAAGUGGUUCGAAACGAAUAGUCGAUGUAUUUCGAGUAUCAUCCGAUGGACAAAAGGUUGAAAUUGUUUCUUUUUGA